AUGGUAAUGCAACGUGCCCUCGCUCCUCGAGUCUCUUUAGAGGCUCGUGAGCGCAGGACCAAGCCGUCAUUUCGCGGACGGCAGUACAGAGAGUACAGAGAUCGCAAGGUUCGCCCUUGCGAUUUCUGCCGUAGCAAAAAAGCGGCUUGCCACAUGGAGCACGGCCCACCGUGUAAGUUAUGCGAGAAGAAGCAUAGAGUCUGUACCUUUGUGGAUGUUACUUGGAAAGAAAGGAACGCCGACCCAGCCCUGGCCAAUGUGUCCGGUCUUCAUCUGCCUGUUGUGGGUGCGGAAUCCAUCGAGGGCUCUCCAGCACAGAGCCGGAUCCAAGGAGAGAACAGUAACUCUCUUUCGCACCGACAAGAUGGGCAAAGCCGAGCCGAGAUUCCGUCCGAACCGGGGCUGUAUCGCUGCGAGAAGUCAAGAGUCGGGCGCCUGCUGUCUGGUGGUGACUCGGUGGCUAUGUUGUCACCGUCACGGAUUGAGGCCAUCCCCACGCCGGUCUCGCACGCUGAUGAUAUUCUGCCGGACCAUUCCUCCUUCAGCACUCAAGGAAGUCAGCUUCUGCAGGGGGAUGGGCUCCCGCCGCCCGUGUGCUCAGUCAUCGAGAACGAUUUCACGGCAUCGUCGGAACCAAGACUUGACGGCCAAGUCUUGGAAAACGCCAGGAAGAACCUCGAGUCUAUGAUCAAUUCUAUAUUGGGGCACCGGUUCACCACUCUUUACACACACUUUGUACAUCCAAACUUUCCUAUAAUUUCGGGAAACCAGUUUCCAAGCGACCCUAGUGAACAUGAAGUAAACUCAAUGCCCCUGUCAUUGCUGGCGGCAACCUUUGCUGCCGCCGUCCCCUUUUCGAUCUACGACGAUGUUCUCUCUACUCGAUUGCCUUACCUCCCAUCCCAGACUGACCUGUUCCGGCUCGCGUGGACUCUUGUCCUUGACGAGCUGCAUGCUCCACGCCUGGCCACUAUCCAAACAUGCUUGCUGUUAUUACAGCAGCAUACAACCAACAAGUAUGUGUCAGGAACUCCAUCCACACCAACUCUGAUGAGCACGGUGGUGACCUUGUGUCACUGUCUCGGUCUCCAUCGCGAUUCGUCACAAUGUAGCGCCCUUCCCGCGUGGGAACGGCAAGCGCGGAAACGAAUCUGGUGGGCAACGUGGAUGAUGGAGAAAUGGACUACUUUUGGCGAGAGCCUCCCCUCGAUGAUCAGGCACGACGAUUCCGACGUAGAAUCCUUGACGAGAGUGGAUAUGGAUGACAUGGUAUCACGAUCGCUGGAUUCUCCGCAACAUCCCAGCCAUUUCCUCUACCUGGUGUCUCUCACCGAGCUUCUCUCGGACAUCGUGGAAACUUUCUUCACCGUCAGGUCGUCUGCCCGGACUGCCAAGAACCUCGAAGCCUCUCUCGGUUCGGGAAAAGAGCUGCAGACGAGACUGGAAAGCUGGCGAGACUCCCUGCCUGCAGAUAUCAAAAGCCAAGCCUCAACUCUCGUGGAAGCCGAGAGGUUCGAGGGGCCACUUUGGCCAGGUCACCUAUUGUGCAUCCUCAACGCUCGAGGGUCGUUCUAUUUGGCAUUCCUCACUGUAGAGAUCACGCUCUACCGAGCGCUUUUGCGGCCAGUGGCUAAUCUAGCGGAAACGGCUGUGAACUUCAGCCGUGCUGAAGAAGAUGGUGCCAAGACCGUCAUCCUGGGCGCUAUGGCGUGUGUAAAAGAGGCAGUCGAGUUUGUCGAGAGUCUUCGCGACAUUGAUUGGGACGCGUUUUGGCACAGCUGGUCAAGGAACAACUUUUCUAUCGUGGUCGUUGUGAUGCUGAAUCUACUACAAUUAUUGCGUCCGCGAACCGCAGAACCAAGAACAAUGGAUCCGCAGCCGGACUCUGGGAUUCUCUCGGUGUCAUCGCCGCAACUGCAAGAUCGAGAUCCGCAGCCUCCCAGCGUUAAGCAUUUCUUGGGCCUCCGGCAGGAACAUAGAGUGCUGCUCGACUAUGCAACUCGAUGGAGGUGGGCAUUGAAGGUUGCUUCAAGCGGUGCAGGUGGGCAGAAAGGUCUCAUGAACUUGAGUUUACUCCGGCUCGAUGCCGGCCUGUCAGAACUGGGUACCGCUGAGCCUGUCCAGGACGACAAAGAUGGACAUCUUGAAGCUGCUUGUCCGCCAACGGGCAACUGA